UCUGCAAUAUCUCCAAACUUGACCCGACUUGUCCCUUCGCCUCCAAACUUGAGCAGAGUGUAGGGGGAGACGGGAGGAGCGCCGCCGGAGGUGGUCGGGCGGUGCGGCAUCUUCGGCCUCCGUCCACUGUUCGACCGAGUGCAGAGGUGACCGGCCACCGGGGCCCCGACACUCCGACAGCCGGGAACUGCACCCACCAGCACGGGGCUGCGGCUUAACCUACUACCACGAAACACGCGGAAACCUCCCUGCCGACCGCCGGGGCGGCGCCUCUAGGAGAGCCGGCGCUGCGGCGACCUGACCAGGUGACCCACUCUUCUCUACCCUCCCGAUGUCUCGCUCCUCGUGACCGGAGGCGAUUCUCAGGGAGGCUCCCAAGUAGGGUUCAGGGAAAUUUCAAUCGGGCUGCCCCUUGCGUCCAGGCUGCCUACAGAGAUUGCGUUUCAGAUCACCGAUCCAGUGACGCAGCUUCGGGCUCCACGCACCGCCGAUGGAUGCGCUCAUGGCGAGCUACGCGUCCGGCUCCGACGACGACGAGCCGGCGCCGGUCACGGGAGCCGCCCCGGACCAGGAAGCUUCCGCGGCGCUCCCCCCCCCUCCGCUCGACCUCCUCCACCCCCCAAACUUCAUAGAUUACUCUGCAUUGGCGCAGGGGAACCGCGUCCGGAGCUUCCCCCAUGUGGAAGGCAUCUAUGCGCUGCAUGUCUACAUCCCUGUUGUCAUUCCUUUCGAUGCAAGGAAGCAGCUGACCCUUGUUAUGAGAAGAGUUGCAUCACUUGUACCAGACCUCUAUGCUGUAGAUGCUGAUUAUGCGCUUUCAGAAUUGUGCAAAGACGAGCAAAAGCUUGAGAAAGUGCUUCUGGGCAGAGAGUUCCAUGUAAGCUUAGGAAGAACGGUUGGGAUUCAGGUGGAUCAAAUUGACUCCCUCGUUGCAAUGCUUCGGCAGAAGUUUCAGUCACAACAGCGGUAUUGGAUGGACUUCAACAAAUGGGAGCAUUUUGUCAAUGACGAUUCUACACGAUCAUUUCUUUCACUAGAGGUUACAAGAACUGGGUUACCAGAGAUAAGUAGGCAGAUACAUAUGGUUGAUGAAGUAUAUCGAUUGCAUGGUCUUCCUGAGUUCUACAAGGAGCUUCAGUUGGCAAAUCAGUGGACGUCUUUCUAUUUUCAUGCAUGGAAAUACAGUACUCCCUCCGUUUGCAGGCCACCACACAUUUCGAGAAUCCUCGGCCACACAUAUCAUUGGUGUGGGCAUUGGGUGAUGUUAGCUCCAAACUGAAGCAUGCGACAAAAGAGAUUGAAAAAUUCCAAAACACCAUCAGCUCAUCCAAAAACUGCAAUCUGAGAUGCAAUUUUAGUCGUGUAGUGUGUAAAGUAGGCAAGAAGGUGUACGAUAUCUGCAAGAUUGCAGAC